AUGCUGGAGCCGUUCCGGCUUUCUGGGGAGAUUCUUGCUGACGUGGCAGCGGCGUUUGACCACGCCAGGUCAACGUUUGCAUGUGUGGAGCCCACGUGUCCCUCAGAUACCACCUUCACCUCUGCUGCUUCGGCCUUCCCUGCUGCUGCCGUCUCACCUGCUUCCGUCUCACCUGCUGCUGUCUCACCUGCUGCCGUCUCCCCCUCGCGUGAACGUCUGUCCUCCCUGCUACAGCCGGCCGCACCACCAUCAGGUGCACCAGAGCAAGCGCAUGCUACAGCCGACACACUGACUACCGCUACUGCUUCUGCUGCAGUUAAAGCUGGCCUCGCCUUCAGCCUGUCCGCCCCGCUACAGCCGGCAGCAGCGCCAUCAGGUGCACCAGAACGAGCAUGUGCUACAGCCGCUAGUCUGAGCAUUGCUGCUGCUUCUGCUGCAGCCGGCCCUACCUGGAGAAUGGUAACAGCACCGCCUCUCCAGGGUCUUGAGGGGUUUACCAGGGCUGUGAGGGAGGGGGUGGGCGGAGUGGCAUCAACAGCACCGCCUCUCCUGAGUCUUGAGGAGUUUACCAGGGCUGUUAGGGAACGGAUUGCUAUGGCGGGUGGGGGUGUGGGAGGUGGAAGGGUCGAAGGUGGGAGGGUGGGGGAUGGGAGUGUGGAGGGUGGGAGUGUGAGAGGUGGGAGUGUGGGAGGGUGGAGUGUGGGGGAUGGGAAUGCAGGAGGAGGGAGUGUGGGAGGAAGGAGUGUGGGGGGAGGGAGUGUGGGAGGGGGGAGUGUGGGAGGAGGGAAUGUGGGAGGCGUGACUACCGGUUGUGUGACUGUAAUGCAGCCUGACGCUGUUGCUGCAGGCUGCGAGGUUUCUGUAGUCAGAAAGGCGUUUGCGUCGGAUAACGACUUCAAGGCGUUUCAAGCAGCGCCGUUUCCCCUCUCGCACCUCUCGCAGGUCGGCAAGGCGUUCGCGUCGCAGUACUAUACCGUGAUGCACACGCAACCGCACGACGUGCACAAGUUCUACGUCGACGAGAGCAAAUUCACGCGCGCCGAGCGCCUCGGCAUUCCCGGGGAAACCGUGACGACCAUGCAGGGUAUCCACACCAAGGUGAUGUCGCUGGAUUCAUGCGAAGUCAAGGCGGAAAUCAAAUCCGUGGACUGCCAGGAAUCUCUCUCCGGCGGCGUUCUCGUGGUGGUAACCGGCGCGCACUGUUACAGCAGCAGCGAGCGACGCGGCUUCGUCCAGAGCUUCUUCCUCGCGCCGCAGCAGAACGGCUUCUACGUCCUUAACGACAUCUUCCGGUUUCUAGAGGACGCGCCGCCGCCGCAGCCGCCCGCCGUAGUUAAACACGCCGUCGGCGGGGGUACUAAGUCGGCCGCGUCGGCCUCUGGAUCAGCUGCAGCUGCUGCUGCGGGGGGUGCGUCUCAGGCAGGUUUGUCGAACGGGCACGCGGCGGAUCAAGCAGCGGGAUCCCGGGAGGUUACAUCUGUGGAUCAUGCGGUGCGAGAUGUAACGGUCGAUGAGGCGUCCCAGGCGUCCGCGCCUGCCGCCGCGCCCAGCGCCGCAGCCGGCGGAGCCGAGGCUCCCCCGGCCGCGGACGACGGCGCUGCGGUGGAGGAGGUGCAGGUGAUUCGGGAAGUGCCUGAGUCGGUCGUUUCCGUGGAUCAGGGCCAAGGGCAGGGUCAAGGGGCGGGAGUGGGAGCCGCCGCAGCAGCGGCGGAAGGGGAGAAGGCGGAAGCGUCUGUUGCGCCUUCCGCCCCACUGCAAGCCAUGCGCGCGCAAUCCGCAGCUGCAUCACCCGCGGGCGCCUCCGCGGGCGCAGCUUCCGCGCCUCUCUCCGCCACUCCCCCCGCAGCUGCGCCUCUGGGGGCGGUUGCGCCCAGGCAGCCGCCGCUUCUCCCUGCCGCAGCAGUUGGGGGUGCUGGGGCGUUUGGGGGGCAAGAGGCAGCACCUUCUGGGGCAGCAGCUGGGUUCUCUGCUGGUUUGCUUGCCCCUGCUCCUGGGUUCGCUGCCGCUGGUGGUGCUGCUGGGGCUGGAGAGGAUACCAAUGCUGCUGACGAAGCUGCAGGGGAGGGCCGCGCUGUGUUUGUGCGCAACCUGCCAGUGCGCAUCACUGCCAAGGAGAUAGCAGAGCACUUCAACCAGUUCGGAGCAGUGAAAGCCGACCGCAUCCAGAUCCGGGGCAACAAGGCCAACAACCCCGCUACAGUGUACGCGUUUGUGGAGUUUGAGGAAGCUGCAGCAGCACUAGCGGCAGUAGAGGUUAGCAAACGGGCUCUUGGGUUUGUGGCUGAAGAGGUGUUGGUUGAUGGAUCGUGUUCCGUGCCUCUAACGUCUAUGUAUAGACGACUCACUAAAAGGCUGUAG